CUUCCUCCUCAAUCUCUCAGUAUCAGCCUGAUGUUUCACCAUUCGUCUAAAAUUUGGUGGUGGAACAGGGCCUCUUACACACCUGAUGGCCUCUAAAGCCGAUUGAACUUCCAAUAUGAAUCAAUUCAUCGGCAAAUUCACCAGUGCUCUUGUGUCCGGCAGCAGCGAAAACAACAUAUCGCUUGCAAACUUAAACUUUGAGUUCUCUUUGGUCAAGCUUGAGGCUCCGGCGGAGUUUCAACCCGUUGGCUAUUCCUUGUCUAUCGGUCGACGACAAACCGCAGAGCUCGGUGCUCAGCAUCAAUUGGCCCGUGUUCUCGGGGCAUUGUUCUGCCAGAUUGUCCCACACACUCCCAAGCUGGUCCAAGCCUUUGGGAAAAGAGUCUCCGAAAUUAUCACCACACCCGGUGCAAACCCAAAGGGUACGUCUGCCGAUGGGCCUUUCAAGGAGUCCGUCGGGGCCGAUGCGACAUCCAUCUGGGCAUCUGCCACUUCGGGCCCAUCAGCACUGGCAGUUUUGCUUCUUGCGUGUAUGCUAGCACGUAAAUUUGUGGACGCAAAGCAUAGUGUGGCAAUCUGGGUCGAACUCGUCGGGAUUCGACAGCGUGAGGUGCUCUCCGAGGCAAAAUCGAGUGGCUUUUCGGUCAACGAGACCGUCCUCGCGGCACAACAGCGUAUCUUACGGGAAGAUCUCGCUGCCUUUGAUGCCAGUAUCCGUGCAUGGCUCAUAACGUCUGAUCAGGUGAUGAUCAAAAAGGUCAAACAACUUCGACUUAUACUCGACAAUCUGACCACUCUCCCAGUCAGCGCGGGUAAGGAUACAUACAGCAAGAUACUAUCUGCUUGGACCGCCGCAAUGAAUGGCUUUGAGGCUCUUCUCGACGGUAAACCCCAGAAUGUGACCGACAGUUCUAUGCUGCUAGCUUUGCCGGCUUGGCAGCUUUAUCCUAACCUCCUAGUUCUGGCAGACUCGGAGCCAAAGAAGGUCCACUUCAAAGAUGAUCUGUUCCUGCCAUCUGUUGAAAUCACAGUUGGCCUGCAAUGGAAUCAGGACGAUCUGGACACGCCUGGCUUUCGCUGGUCCUUGGCUUUAUCACAUUUGAAGUACUAUGGAGAGGCCGUUUCCGUUCUCGUCGAUCAAGACAAUUUCCGCAUCACCAUUGAAGAACUAGGGCUGAUCGCUUUCGGAUCGUUGUUGGCAAGUUGGAACGUGCCCCGGGAUCUGACCGAAGAUGUUGCUUCCUGGGUCUGCGACAUCGGUCCCGCUUUUCGCGACCAUAGCAGACAAGAAAAAUCAACAUAUCUGUAUUUCGAAUGGUUUGGCGUUCUUUUCAAGGCUGCUCAUAUGCUGAUGAAUAGUCCACCACAACGGCGUCAGGAGUGUGAGAAGCUCAUUUCCUACGGUCGACGAAGAGGGAGAAACUUUCUUGGAGGUUCGGCAGGGUCAGCAGAACAAGAAUCCUUGUUCGGGCUCACGAGCCCACACCUUAUCCGCGCUUUGCAGUUCCCACCUGGUCAGGAGCGUCAAUUGCAGUACCUUCGUUCUGUGGUUCAACGUAACGAAGAGAAGGACAAUCUACUCCUCGUCUAUCACCAUGUUUGCACGUUGUGCUCGGUGACGGUAUUGGCCACAGCCUAUGCCCAUGAGCGAUGGUCGACCAAGAGAAGCGAAGACGGGACAAGAAGAAAAGAAAGCGUACAUGCACGUUGGAUAGUAUUGCGUACUCCUGAAGAACUGUCCGACGACGCCCGUCAGAAGCUAAUUCAUCAUCUGAACAUACCAGUAACUGAGUCCGAGCAGACAUUUUUUCUUGAGGACAGACGCCGAGAAAACGUAUCUGUGGGGUCACAUCAAGUCGAGGAAUAUCUCGAGUGGAAAGACCCGCCGACAUAUUUCGGGACACAAAAUCAGAAGGAAUCUUGUGCCUCUGCAGAGUCGGGAGGUUACUCCUGUCGAUGUUUUGAAAGGGUAUCAAAAUGCACCAAUUCCCGUCGAGGCCCUGACACCAGAUCACCAGCAGUCACCUUUCGGCUGUUGUGCACAACAUUCCUUCCUGGAGGCUGUGGGGAAGCAUCUGCUAGCUGUGGGUUGUUCGCUCGGCGAGAGUGCUCGUCGAGUUGUGACGCCGAUGACCAGUACAUGAAACUACUGUUCAGAGCAUUCUUUGGAAGACUGAGUCCCGAAUCGGCUGUCAAGGAAUUGAAGAAGGUGGAGUUGAACAAGGAAAGCGUUUGCGAAUACUUACAGGAAAUUUCCUUGCGAGAAACGGGCGAAACUUCACCCUUGUUAGCACUGCAGCUUCGGCCUGACUGGAUUGACGAUGUGUGGGAGGAUCUACCCUAUAUGGACUCAUUGCACAACGUUGACAUUGCGCUUUCAAUCCGAUGCCAGACAUCACUUACCGCAAUGUGGCUCAUAGCUCAAGUCUGCAAACAAUUCCCUUCGGCGAGUUUCCCCAUCAAGGUCGCUGAACGACCAUUUGACCUGUACGACGAUAUCAUCAGGGCUCACGGCAUGCGCGGGCCGUCGUCCCGGUUGCUGAAGACCCUGACCAGACCUGAAGCCCUGGCGGGGAUUUGCAUGUUGGAACUUGGGGGUGCUUCCGUGUCGACGUCGUACUUGCACCGAGCGUUUGCUGUGUCGGCGGGCAACUCGAUAUUUGUCGCCGAGUGCUUGCUUUCGGACCCGAGUGAAAGAGUACCCGACCAUGCCAUCCGACGGAUUGUCGGGAACCUGGGCAAGCCCGGGAUCUCGAUUCUCGUCAGCCCGCGAAACCUCAAGGUGAAAGAAAGAACCGAUGACUUUCGGGCCGUUGAACAUGCCCAGUACGACACGGUGAGAAGUGAUAGUUUUCCCGGCGUGUCUCUCCACCUAUCCCUGACGGAAUGGUGCAUGGCAGUGGCCACUCUGGAUCAUGUCUACGGCCACAUCGACCGAGACAUUUUCCUGAUCGAGGCUGCCAUUUCUGUCCACGACAAGGGGCGGUGGUACGCGGACAUUGACAUUCUCGACGAUGUCUAUUCUUUCAAUUUGCCUGUGCUCAAGGGCCAUUGUCGUUGUGGCAAUCCGACCAAAAGUCCACCGCGAGCCUACACCAGCAUCGACACAUUUGAUGAGUUGUUGGAUCCUCCGGAGAGCGUGGGCAUCGUUCGAGCCCACAAGAAUUGGCCCGCCAGGUUGGCUGCGGCUUGUAUCGUUCGACAGAGACUCAACACUGAUGGUGCAUUCUUUUUAAGCUGUAAGGACAUUGAAUGUUGGACAUGUCUUGAACGAUUAUUCGAUGAUGGUGAUGAUGACGACGACGAUUGUAAUGAUGAAACGAAAUGUGUCCUACUCGAAGAUGAUAGUGAUGCUGAGUGUGCUAAGGGAAAUUGCGACGACAAGGAUGGCAAGGAUGGCAAGGAUGGCAAGGAUGGUGAUGAUGGUAAUGAUGGUGAUGACAUGGCCUUGUUCGGCAUGACCAAGGAAGACAUGGAGUAUUAUCGAUCAUUUUCGGAAGAGGAUCGAGUCAUAAUAUUUAUUGAUUAG